GUAGCCUGCGACACCUGAUGACGUCACAACCAAGGAAGCGUUGCUGUUAGUACAAACAUCGACGGAAUAACGUACACACCACUUAAUCUAUAACAAAUUCGUUACAACUCAUUGACUUAAUUAACAGCAUGGCUGCCCAGAAGAUAAACGAAGCCCAUGAGCACAUAGCUAAAGCGGAAAAAUGUUUAAAGACAGGUCUGAUGAAGUGGAAGCCUGAUUAUGACAGCGCUGCAUCAGAAUAUGCCAAAGCAGCUGUGUGUUUCAAGAACGCCAAGCAGUAUGAGCAGGCAAAGGAUGCUUACCUGAAGGAAGCUGAAAAUCACACUGAAAACAAGACGCUUUUUCAUGCUGCAAAAGCUAUUGAACAGGCGGGUAUGAUGAUGAAGGAGCUAAAGAAGAUGCCAGAGGCCAUCCAGUACAUAGAGAAAGCAUGUAUGAUGUACAUGGAGAAUGGGACUCCCGACACUGCUGCCAUGGCACUGGACAGGGCUGGAAAAGUGAUAGAGCCUAUAAAUCUGGAGAAAGCAGUGGACCUGUAUCAAAAAGCAGCUGGUGUUUUUGAGAAUGAGGACCGUCUGCGUCAGGCAGUUGAACUUCUGGGCAAAGCCUCCAGACUUUUAGUUAGGUUAAAAAGGUUGGAUGAAGCAGCAGUCGCUGUGCAGAAAGAGAAGAACAUGUACAAAGAGAUUGAGAAUUUCCCCAUGUGUUUUAAGAAAACAACUGCCCAAGUGCUGAUUCAUCUUCACAGAGGGGACUACGUAGCAGCUGAUAAAUGUGUCAGAGAAAGUUACAGUCUUCCUGGCUACAGUGGGAGUGAAGAUUGUGUUGCCAUGGAGACGUUACUGCAGGGUUACGACGAGCAGGAUGAGGACCGGGUCUACCGCGUGUGCAACUCACCUUUACUGAAGUACAUGGACAAUGACUAUGCCAAGCUGGCUGUUUCCCUAAGGGUACCUGGAGGAGGCAAGAAGAAGAAGGGUGCAGCCGCUCCUGAAGGUGGUGCUAGUAGAGCGCCAGCUGCCACUGAGGAGGAGGAUGACUAUGAGGGCGGGCUGUGUUAACCUUCGGUCUCAAGUGUGCCGACUCUGCCCGUCUGCUGCUCUACCACUACAUCCUCCGUGCACGAGAAAAAAAAACCUAAUUAAAACCCCACCACUUACAGUAGGAGUUGCAGAAGAGUCGAGUUUAAUAGCCUUUUAAUUAGUUUCUUUGAAGUGGAUCCUCAGUGCAAUGAAAAAUCAUUCUUCAAUGUUAAAUAAUGUAUGAAAGCCUGACAGUUGUACAUGUUCUGUUAUUCCUUGUUUCUGUGAAGCUGUACAUUCUGCCAUUAUUGUUUGUGAGUCUAAGAUUACUAUAGACUAUAUUAAAGUCAGAAAACUAAAUAUGUCUAAUGGGCCGAUUAAUGUAUAGGUGUUAUAUGUACAGAUUUAAUUUAUUCAGUAUUCACGGCUGUGGCCUGUUAAAGAUGUUACUGGAACAAUAUAUAGUCAGUCUGAUGCACGUUUGCAAUAAUCACAUGG